AUGGCGGAUGCUUUGGAAAAUGUACAACUACAACCUGUUUCUCCUCCUAAUCCUAUUUCGCCGCCACCGGAUGGAUUUAUGCAAAAAUUCCGACUCUAUGCAACACAAUCGAAAUUCUAUAUGGUAGGAAGGGACAAAAGUAGAACGUACAUGAAAGUGUUAAAAAUUGAUAGGACAGAACCCACUGAUCUUAACAUUCGCGAAGAUUCUACCACAUACACAGAAAGGGAAUGCUCUGACCUAUUGAGAAGGAUACAUGAAGGAAACAGGGUUACAGGAGGACUUAAGUUUGUUACUUCUUGUUAUGGCAUCGUUGGAUUCAUUAAAUUUCUGGGGCCUUAUUACAUACUACUUAUUACGAAAAGAAGGAAGAUCGGUUCAAUCUGCGGUCACAAUGUCUAUGCUAUCUCUAAAAGUGAGAUAAUCCCCCUUCAGAAUUCUGUAGUUACAUCCAGCAUGGUUAAUUGCAAGAAUGAGAACAGAUACAGGAAGCUCUUGUGCAUGGUGGAUCUGACAAAAGACUUCUAUUUUAGUUACUCCUACCGCAUUAUGAGGAGUCUCCAGAAGAACAUGUGUGAUAAUGAAACCGGGCAAGUCCUAUAUGAAACCAUGUUUGUGUGGAAUGAGUUUCUUACUCGUGGAAUACACAAUAUUCUUCAGAAUACUAUUUGGACCGUUGCAUUAGUCUAUGGAUUUUUUAAGCAGGCUACACUUUCUAUAUCAGGACAUGAUUUCAAGCUGACUUUAAUUGCCAGGCGUUCACGGCACUAUGCUGGUACCAGAUAUCUAAAACGAGGGAUCAAUGAGAAAGGCAGAGUUGCAAAUGAUGUUGAGACUGAGCAGAUUGUGUUUGAGGAUGUUCCAGAAGGGUUCCCUAUGCAGAUUAGUUCUGUUGUCCAAAAUCGUGGGUCGAUCCCACUAUUCUGGUCGCAGGAAACUUCACGUCUAAAUCUUAAGCCUGAUAUUAUAUUGUCAAAGAGGGACCAGAAUUAUGAGGCUACCAGACUUCAUUUUGAAAAUCUUGUCAAGCGAUAUGGGAACCCCAUUAUCAUUUUAAAUUUGAUUAAGACAAAUGAAAAGAAGCCUCGAGAAUCCAUUCUUCGUACAGAGUUUGCUAAUGCGAUUGAAGCUAUUAAUAAAGAUCUCUCAGAGGAGAAUCGUCUUAAAUUCCUCCACUGGGAUCUGCACAAACAUUCUCGGAGUAAAGCUACAAACGUUCUUCUUCUCUUGGGAAAGGUGGCUGCAUAUGCGUUAACUCUUACAGGUUUCUUCUAUUGUCAAGUAACACCUGCCUUGCAAUCAGAGGGAUGUAUGGGAUGGCCUUCUUUUGAAUAUCGCAAUAGCAAAUGCGAGAAACAUCUCUAUGAUGAGAAUGAGGAUUCUGAUAACGCAGAUAGAAAACCUAGAAGAGGCAAUACGGUUUCUAAUGGCAAUUCUGCUGUCAAACCUCCAAUGUUCCAAAAGGGAGUGCUCAGGACAAACUGCAUAGACUGUUUGGAUCGCACUAAUGUGGCACAAUAUGCAUAUGGCUUGGCUGCUUUGGGACAUCAGUUGCAUGCGCUUGGAGUAACGACCUCCGUCAAGAUAGACCUUGAUGAUCCUUUGGCUGAUGAAUUGAUGGCUUUUUACGAGAGAAUGGGUGAUACCCUUGCACAUCAGUAUGGUGGUUCGGCUGCUCACAACAAGUGGAAAGCUGCAACCCAGUCCCAGGAAUUUUUUAGAACUCUACAGAGAUAUUAUAGCAAUGCUUACAUGGAUAUGGAGAAGCAAAAUGCCAUCAAUGUGUUUUUGGGGCAUUUUCAACCUCAACCAGGUAAAGCUCAUGUAUGGGAGCUGGAUUCUGACCAGCAUUCCAACGUGGGAAGGAAUGGACAGUCAAAUAGUGAUGAAAAUGGAAGGUCGUUAUUUAAAAGGUCAUGGUCAGAUGGGAACAUUCUUCAUGAAAGUCACUCGCCCAUGUCCACCUCGAACAUCAAUAAGGGUUUUCCAAGUUCUGACUUUUCUAGCAAGUCGAAAGGAGGAAGCAAAAUGCUUUCUGAAUCAUCACCAGAAAUAUCAACUUGCGAAAGUUAUUUAACAUAUUCUAGAUAUGCUCCUUCAAUGCCUGCUAGGGUACUUUUUGCUGAAAUGCAAAAAGACAGAUGCCUUGAACAUGAGCAUGGGGACUCAAUUGACAGCUCAAACUUUGUUGACUUAGAUUGGCUUUCUUCCUCUGGAAAUUCAUGUGAGGAUGAGUUGUUGGAAAGGUCAAUGCUCACAGCCUCUGCAAUUGCGAUACUUUCAUCAGAAAACAUCGCCAAUGAAAUUACAGGCGAUGCAACCCCAUCUACCAGUGAAUGCGGAUCUAGCACAAGGGGAAGGUCAACUGGAAAUGACUUGUUGUAUGAUGAAGGCCAUCACUAUGAGGUCCUCGAGGAAUAUUCUGAUAGUUUUGUGCAUUGGGUGAAUUAUGGAGAGUCUCUCUCAAAGAUCCACAAAUGGAAUGCAAGCGAGGGUGGGGAUCUUCAGCCAUGUCUUGGGUUCAUGUCUCGGGUUGGAGCAAAUUACAAUGAUGUGUUCCCACCUAUGGAUUAG